UCGUGUAAACAUUCCCUGGGUUCAGGAUCCCUGCUCUUCCAUACAAGGACACAGUGUGGUGUCAGAGAGGGGAGGGGAGCUUACAGGACCAUCCCAAAACAAAGAGAGUCCCAUACAUCCAACUCCCUGAGUACAGCCUCAUAGCUUUUGUAUGGGAGUUCCUGGCUGUCAGACACCACACCCCUCAGUGCUAGAGGCUCCGAAAGCAGGAAAAGCUCCAGCCAUACAGGAACAUCCACAGCCUGAGCCUGGAAGGAACUGAAAGAAAGGAAACCUUCACUAUAUAGUCCCUGGAGCUUCAUAAUGGCCACUAAGCGCAUCACUAUUAAAGGGCCAGCACCCUGGGGAUUCAGGCUGGUGGGAGGAAAAGACUUUGAUCAACCUUUAACUAUUUCUAGGGUGAACCCAGGGAGUAAAGCGGCGUUGGCUAAUCUAUGUAUUGGAGAUGUUGUUACAGCCAUUGAUGGACAAAACACAGAUGGGAUGACUCAUUUAGAAGCACAGAAUAAAAUUAAAGCCUGUGAAGAUGAUCUCUGCCUCACAGUGGACAGGGUUGAGUCUAAAAUAUGGUCACCUCUUGUAACGGAUGAAGGCAAAGCACACCCAUAUAAGAUGAAUUUGGCAGAAAAUCCUCAGAGACCUGUCAAAUUCCAACGUGCUUUCAGCAUGACUUACCAGCCACUAAAAUCACCUACAGGCUCCAUCAGUCCCAUUUCUCCCUCUGCCAUGUUUAAAGCUCCCCUGGCUUCUGUCUUUAACCCUCUUCAGUCACGUACUUCCCCUGGCUCUUUGCAAAGGAGGCACAGCACCUCCUCUAUCCCAAAUCAAGUGCGAGUGGUACCCGAACAGUUAAAACAAGCUGCACAGAUUUGUCCCCACAGUCCCGUGGAGGUGGAUGUUCCUGGACUCAAGGUCACCCACAUCCAGUUUAACUCCCCAUUACAGCUCUAUUCCCAGGAAAACAUUAUGGACACAUUGCAGGGGCAGAUCUCUUCUAUUAACCCAACUUACUCCAGUGCUGAGCAACCUCAGCCUGCCACUAUACGGAAUAUCGAGAAAGAUUCUGAAGUUUACAAGAUGUUGCAAGAGAACCAAGACGCCAGUGAACCACCAAGACAAUCCGCUUCUUUCUUAGUUUUGCAGGAAAUUUUAGAAACUGAUGAAAAUGGGGAGAAACCUUCUGGGUUCCGUAGUGUGAGACCUCCUACUACCAAAGUGGCUGCCUCAGUGGGUAGUGGCCAGAAACUGCCAAUAUGUGAUCACUGUGGAAAUGGGAUUGUGGGAAUAUUUGUGAAGAUCCGUGACAAGCCUCGCCAUCCUGAAUGCUACGUGUGCACUGACUGUGGCAUGAAUCUCAAACAAAAGGGGCACUUUUUUGUGGAGGAUAAGAUGUACUGUGAAAAGCAUGCUCGGGAACGUAUGACACCACCUGAAGGAUAUGAAGUGGUUACGGUGUUCCCAAAAUAAACACAACGUCUCCGAGGCUAAAAAGUGACAUUUUGUAGCCUGUUUUAUGCUAAGCAAGGCUUCUGCCGUAAAGCUUCUUGAGAAAAUACUGAGGAGGAACCUGUGGAAAUUUUCUACAUGAUGAUAAUUUCGAACAUCUAUGAUGUUUUGUUUUUUUUUCAUCUUUGCCUUUGUUGAUAUUCAAUACAGAAAAUCUUUAUUACAGA